AAACCAAUGCUACUAACUGCAACUUUUGGUAUACAGAGAAAACAAAUUUGGUAAUAGAUACCGUAGUUUGAAUUCAACUUCUUUUCUUAACUUUGAAAUAAUAUUGUUACCUGCAGUGGUGCGAGGAGACUGACGUAUACAGCAUGUAAAUCCUGGUAAUUUUGUGUAUAAAGGUUAUGGAACCAACGAACAGAGCAAAAAUAUUGCCGAUAAAUCUUCAAGAUUAAAUGUAUGAACAAUAGAAGUUUAUCAAUUCCUGCUUGACGACCAAUAUGCUUAGGGAUAAAUAUAUGCAGUUAACGCCCUACUUUUCAACAAGGCUUACUAUUUCAUCCACUCAAUGAUUGAGAAGAAAUGACUAUCCUUUUCUAAAAAGCAUGCUUUAGCGAGGCAUAUUCCAACACAUGUGAGAGAAAAGCCUAUCUGUGGAUUAUACAAUAUAAAAUAUUUUCUAAUCAAAGCACAUUGAAUAUAUGCAAGCUUACGAAAGAAUUCUGCAAAAUGUGUACUAAAGUCUUUUCUACGCAGGAAUAUAUAAUACCACAAGUCUCGACGCAUAUUAAAGAGAAACCAUUUGUUUGUAAUGUGUGCGAUAAAAUAUUUUCUCUCAAAGGAAGUUUAAAGACACAUUUAAGGACGCAUAUGAAAGCGAGUCCGUAUAUUUGUGGGGUUUGCAGUAAUGCGUUUUCUCAUGAAAGAAAUUUAAAGGUACAUUUAAGGACGCAUACCACAGAUAAUCCGUAUGCUUGUAAUGUGUGCGAUAAAGUAUUUUCUCACAAAGGAAAUUUAAAGACACAUUUAAGGACGCAUACGAAAGAGAAACCGUAUGUUUGUGUUUGUAAUAAAGCGUUUUCUUUACUGGGAACUUUAAAAAGUCAUUUAAGGACGCAUACGAAAGAGAAACCGUAUGUUUGUGAGAUUUGCAGUAAAGCGUUUUCUGAACUAGGAGUUUUAAAGAAUCAUUUAAGGACGCAUACCAAAGAGAAGCCGUAUGUUUGUGAGGUUUGCAAUAAAGCGUUUUCUCGACGAGGAAAUUUGAAGGUACAUUUACUGACGCAUAUAAAAGAGAAACCAUAUAUUUGUGAGUUAUGUAAUAAAGCGUUUUCUCUACGAGGACAUUUAAAGAGACAUAUGAGGACGCAUACGAAAGAGAAACCGUAUGUUUGUGAGGUUUGCAGUAAAGCGUUUUCUCAACUAGGAAAUUUAAAAACACAUUUAAGGACGCACACGAAAGAGAAACCCUAUAUUUGUGAGACUUGCAGUAAAGCCUUUUCUGAGCCAGGAAAUUUAAAGAAACAUUUAAGGACGCAUACAAAAGAGAAGCGGCACCUUUGAAAUGUAUUCAAUAAAAACUUUUUCUUGUGGAAAACUUUUAUAAAAAUAUUUUCUGAUGCAUGCGAAACAAAAACAUCUGCCUGUAAUAAAGCAGUUACUGCCAAAGGAAAUUUGCAAUUCCAUUUACCGACCCAUUCAAAAGAGUGGCUACAUGUUUGUGAUCUGUGUAAUAAAGUGUAAUAAUUUUUUGGUCGAAA